ACAUGUCUGGGCAAAGAACUAGCGGGAGAAAACAUGUCAUAAUUACUCGAUAAACUCUAUUAAUCACUAGAUUCCACUUUCAAAACAGGUGUAUUACUACGUUAAAACUGUUCAUUCGUUGUUUUGGAGUAUUGGAAAUCUAUGGAAACUGAAAAACUGUUUCUGUGAAAUCUAGAAGUUUAUUAUUUACAUAUUAUUUUGAUAAAACGAAAGUAGGCAUAUUCACAUAAUAUUAAUACAUGUACAUGUACAUUCCACAGGAAAACGAAAUUGACAUCCAACCAUCUCUUUACGGUCGGCUUAGCCGUGUUUUUCAAAUGCAUAUUGGAUAAUGCACACAAAGCUUAGAAUAAAAAAAAAACAAGAUAGAUAUUUUAAUUAGUGAGCCAGUGGAAGAAUACGUUUUCAAUAGAAACGUCCAGCCAGCAUUGUGUCAAUUCCAUCAUAGAUGAUUAUAUGAUAUUGGUUUGUGAAAUGAAAGUAUGAGUUUAGUAACUUUAUGACACCUGUACUUAAUUGGUUGAUGUUUUAACACAAUGGCCGACCAACUCUUUACAAAAAGGCUUCCAGUUGUCUUUAAAUAUGGAGACCGUGAAGAUAGACGGAGUUGUGUCAAUAUCAGAAUGGAAAUACAGUUAACAGCAUCAACAUUAUCUAGGAAGGAAUUGUUUGUGUCGCUAACUGAUGAUAAAGAUUUGUUUUUUCUUUACACUCUACGUUUAAACGAAGAAUGUUUUCAAAGUUUGAAAGUACAGCAAGGCCUUUUGGUUGAUUUUGGUGCAUUUCCCCAGAAAUUUAUCGAUCUGUUAGAAAUGUGUUUAAAAGAAGAACAUAAAGAAGUACCCAAGUUUGUUUUACAUUUUGUUACUCAAAAUUCAUUGGCUGGCGAGAAGGCUGUAGCCAUUUUAAACGUGGUAGAAACGAACCCAUUUAAACAUUUAACUCAUCUGUCAUUAAAAUUUGUACCAGGUACCGACGCUGAUGUUAAAUCUUAUUUAGCAGAUUGUUUAAAACAACUAAAGGAAACGAAUUGUACUCUACAUCAAAGAUUAGAACAUACAAAUAAUACUUUAUCUAGUCAACUUCAUACCACACAAGAGACUUUAGCUUCCCGUACAGCAGAGUUAGAUAGAUUACGAGCUGAAUGGUCGUCCAGUAUGAAUAAUGUUUCAUCUAAACAUAAAGAAGAUAUGGCUUUAGAGAAAGAAAAAUCCAUACAGAUGCAGUCGAGUUAUCAACAGAAAUUCGAUAGAGAUAGACGAGAGAUAGAACAAGCUCAUACUAAAAUAGUCAAACAAUUAGAGAGUAGAAUCUUCGAGAUAGAGGGUAUAAACAAGGAUUUAACAGAUAAAAAAUAUAAAUCCGAGUCACUGAUCCGAGAAUUAAAAGCUAAAUUAUCGGGAAUAGAAGAAGAACAUGUGCGAGCUAAACAAGAAAUUCAAUCGUUGAGAAAACAGAACAAUACGUUAGAUAGUGAGAAUCACGAGAAGGAGAAGUUGAUUAAUCAGUAUAAAACACGAAUAGCUGUAUUUGAACAAGAAUUAAAAGAUAAAGAACAAGUUAUAUCCAAAUCGUCCGAUUUACUGGACUCCGAACAAGAAAGACAAAGAAAGAUAGAUGAAGAUUUAGAAAGAAGAUGUAAGGAAAUCAGUAAAUUAGAAAAUAAAGUGAAAGCUAUGUCAGAAGAAUUAAAGAAAGGAAAUGAAAUUAUUAAAAAAUUACAAGGUGAAAUUAAAAAUUACCAUGCAAAGGUAAAAUUACGGAGUCAGAUAGCAACAGAACAAGAAAAACUAUUGGGUGAAAAAGAUCAAGAAUUAGAAAAACUACGACAAGAUCUAGCCAGUACAAAAGACACACUUAAACUAAAGGAAGAAGGGUGUCAGAAACUGAGUGAAAACCUUGAAAGUACGACACAAAAACUAGAAGAAAGUCGACAGUUAUUAAAAACAAACGAAAAUGUUAUUCAAUGGUUAAACAAACAGAUAAAUGAACAGCAGAUCAAUCAUCAUAGAGUCGGGACAUUUGAAAUGCCGUCAGUAACGGCUAAUCAGAGACCUGGUGGAAAUGUUAUUCACAAUUAUAGUUCUUCUAGUUAUGGUUCCAAUCAUCAACAUGGUGAUUCUCGUCUACCUAAUACUAAUGUGAUGAUUCCACGACCUAUACCAAACCAACAUAGACAACCUCAGGUACAAUAUGGGGGAGGUGGUAUAAGAAGAAGUGCUAUUCCUACAACAACAUCCUAUCGACAACAAGCUCCACCACCACCUAUACCAGAAGAAAUACGACCUAGUAGUUUUAACGCUUCUCCAGCAUCAACAACACACACUAGUGAUAAAGAAAAUAAUCCCCCGAUUGAUUUGAAAUAUUUACAGAAGAGAGAUGACGCAAUACCUGUACGUGGUUUAUUAAAUCGUAGUAAUUCUCCACCACCAAUAUCUUCCCCAAACUUAACACCGCCAGUAACUAGUGGUGUUAGUAACAGAAUACCACAACAAUUGAUUAUACCUAAAACUAAUACACCGCCAUUAGCUUCCGCUUAUUUUGGUCAACUUAAACCAAGUUGAUUAUUAUUAUUAUUAUUAUUAUUAUUUAAAGAUACAUUAUGGGAGAUGAGAUAAAGAGCUGGUAGUUUUCACUAUAAUACUUAAAAAAUAGAUAAUGUAAAGGCAAUUUGCUCAAAAUUUCAGUCAAAUUGAUCCUCCCUGAACCGAGUAUUUAGCGAUUGAAUUUUGGGCCUAGCCACGAUAAGCAUUACUGAAGUCGGUACAAUAAAAAACAUAGUCUUGUUAUCCAUUUUUUAUACGCCCACACUGAAAUGUGGUCAUAUAUUGUCGUCGCCCCCGUCCGUCUAGCGGCCUGACGUCCCAAUUGCUUGUGGAUGCUCUAGAGGCUAAAGUUAAUAUCCGAUUGACUUUAAAUUUAUAUACAGUGUUUAAGUCCAUGAGACAAAGAAGCCUAUUGAUUUUCAGCGAUUUCCGAUAAUUACUGCCAGAGUUAUGGCCCUUGAUCACUUCAAAAAAAUCUUGUGGAUGCUCUAUAGGCUUAAAUUAAUAUCCGAUUGACUUUAAAUUUAUACACAGUGUUUAAGGUCAUGGGACGAAGAAUCCUAUUGAUUUUCAACGAUUUCUGAUAAUUACUGCCAAAGUUAUGGUCCUUGAUCACUUUGAAAAAUCUUGUGACGCUCUAGAAACUUAAGUUAUCAUCCGAUUGACUUCAGAUUGAUACACAGAGUUUAAGAUCUUGAGACGAACAAGUAUAUUGAUUUUCAAUGAAUUUCUAUGAUUUGAACAGCUAAAUCCAUGAUAUUAAAAGUUUCGUAUACUAAACGUUAGCAUGGGGCAGAACUCUAUAAAAACCAAACAAAUUCUAAUGAUUUUCUGAUAAUUACUUCAUGAGUUGUUACUCUUAAACAGAUUUAAGUGUAUUAUAAAUGUUUCAUUACCGAAAAAAGUAAAAAUAUGCGACAACACUUGUUGACUGCCCGGACGAUUUAGCUGCUGUGGACGUAUGUUUGGUUGCCUGGCAACCUAUCUUUGAUUUAAUCAGAAGCAGUAGACCGGGUUAUAAUUUAGUAAAUAUCGCAGGCUAGUGAUGCCACCGUGAGUUGAUUAUGGUCUUGUCAUGUUAAUUAAAGUCUAAUUAAUAAUUUAGAUAACAUUUCAGGCCUAAAGAAAGACCUGCAAUAGGCGGAUUUAGCUCUUGUAUAAUGUAUGUUUAAAGAUGCAUUAUGAUUAUGUAAGAGAUAAAUCGGCCUAUUACAGGUCUUUAUUUUGGCUUCAGAUGUUAUAUCAAAUGAAAUGAAAUGGGGUUUAACGUCCUACUGUUCUGCUCCUAUACUGGGCUAAUGAAGACGGGCAUACGCCAUACAGUGUGCUAUGAGGGAAAUUUUGCCCCGGGCAGCGGCACUAUCGCCUACUCUUAUAUCGAAUUCCAUCUGCCAAGGGAUCUUUUACGUGCAUUCCAAUGUAUACACGGGACCUUUUUUCGUUUCAUCCGAAUAACUAGACAGCUGUCCUUGUCAGGCCCUCCGUUCUGCACCUCUGACAAGGGGGAAACCACGUCGGAAAAUCCAGAUGAACUUUCUCGGCCAAUGCAGGGAUCGAACAUCCGACCUCCAGGCUGUAUCAUACAGUCUGUCAUUGAGUCGACUGGCGUGGUAUCGAAUCCCCGGUUGUACGUGGCAAGGAGUAGGGUCACCUGUCCAACCUCGUGGGUUUUCUCCGGGUCCUUCGGUUUCCUCCCACUGCUAAAGACCCCUACGCGCAAGCGAAUUAUGUAAAUAAAAUUAAACCAUAUGUUAGUCCCGAAAUGACCUAGUUUGUGUCGAGUGGACGUUAAACCCCAUAUAUCUCUCUCUCUCGCUAUCAAUCUGAUUAAAACACAGAUCUAUAUUUCAUUUUCGUGUUUUAUACUUUCGAUGGCCUCUGCCUAUUCCAGGUCUUGAUUUGGCUUCAAAUGUUAUAUAAAUUAUUAUGUAAACAUUUAUUCACAUAACAAGCCUAUAAUCAACUCUCUAGACUAUCGGAUGGCAGAGAUUUAACUGGAUUGAAACACCAUCGCCAUUUAAUGAUUUAAUUAAAAAUGGUGAAUCAAGGCCGAGUCGUGAUUAACAAGUACCAUUGCUACGAUAAUAAAUAAUCUAUGUCACAUCUUGUCAAAACUUCAAACAGUGAUAACUUCACUCAGAAUGAAGUAAUUUGAAUGAAAUUUUCAAUAUAUUAAUUUUGCGUUAUCUAUUUUUGAACUAUUAUAGCAAGAACGACCAGUUCUUUAUUUAAAUUCUACAUAAUGUAUCUUUAAGAAUUAUUUGUGUUCAUCAUUAUUAUACAUACAAAUCAGUCCCAUUUAUUACCUUGGGGGGGUCGGGCGCGAAUAGAUAACUUGUGUGCUUUAAAUCACAAGGUCUGUCAUUGAGUCAACUGGCGUGGUUUCGAUUCCCCGGUUGUACGUGACGAGGAGUAUGAUCGCCGGUCCAACUUCGUGGGUUUUCUCCAGGUCCUCCGGUUUCCUCCCCCUGCUAAAGAUCCCUACACGUGAGCAAGUUAUCGAAAUAAAAUUGAACCAUAUGUUAGUCCCAAACUGACCUAGUUUGUGUUGAGUGGACGUUAAACUCCAUUUCCCUCUCUCUCUCUCUCUUUGGAUUCAACCAGAUUAAAAAGAGACCCAUCAAAGAUCCUACUGCAAAUUAAAUUAUGGGCGUCACUGGUUUCUAAGUGUUUGUAAAUACUGACCAGAACUGAACCAUAUUUGGACAUUUAUAAUCGUUGUUAGAGAUUCCGCUUUCACAAUAUUGUAGUAUACAAGGGGGUCGAAAUCACUCUCACUUGAAUAUCAUAUUCAAAAUAUUACUGAAAUCCAUGCACUGGGAUACUUUUAAGAAGGGUAUUUGAAAAUCUCUAAAACAUUUGUAUGUCUUAUAAAUUAACAUUUGAAAUCGUUAUUUCUCAGCGAUGGCUCAGCACAUUGUAAUUGUAUAAUAAAGUCUCAUUAUUUUGAAAUCGGCAAAGAUUUCGUAAGUGUUAUUGCCUCUUUAUAUCUUAACCUAAUCGCAUAAACUUAAACAUACAUUAUGCAAGAGGUAAAUCUAGCAAUUGCAGGUCUUUCCUUAGACCUGAAAUGUUAUCAUUUAUUAAUUAGACAUUUAUUAACAUGAAAAGACCAUAAUCAACUCUCGAUGACAUCUUAUUUUGAAUGGAUUUGAAUCCUAUCUGCUGUUCAACAUCUGUUGAUGAUUAAACUCAAAAAUGGAUAUCAAGACUUUGUUAAUUAUCGUGACAGCGCCAACAAUGACAAUCAAGGCUACGGGAAUUUAAAACAAGAUUUUCUCAGCUUACAGUGAAGCAAUUUGACUGAAAUUUUCAGCAUAUUCCCUUUACAUUAUUUAGUUU